AUGGCCCGAGAACGUGUCUGUCAUAAGCAGAUUGGGACCAAAUCUCUGCAAUUCCGCUGCUUGGGGACUGUCACCAUCCAGGACUGUGCUGCGGCGGCUGCGUUACUCUCGGAGUCUUCCAAUGCCCCGCAGGAGCUGGUUGAGGGCGAUGAGUCUGAAGAGGUGACCCGGGACGCAGAUGCAGCCGAUGCAAGCGAUGCAGGGAACGAAGCUGCACCUUCCGAGGAGAUGAUCGUGGAAGUCAAAUCCAUGACUCUGAAGAUUCCAUGUGAGGAGUUGGCGAAAGAGGAGCAGAUCUUGCUGUCGGCCAAGGAAGUGUGCUGCGACGUGGCAGGCCCUCGUCUAAGCUGUCAUCAGCUGGCGGCGAAUGUGCUGGGUCGUCACCAUGUGAAGGCGACCAACUGCACCCUGCAGUUGGACGGUGAUAUCGAGGUUGGCGCCGAGCAGCUGCACGUGCAUCUGGUCACAGGCGACGUCUUCCGCGACAUGAAGCGCGGUGUUUUGCCCGCUGAGCCGGCAGAGCCGGGAGAGGUGCCAAAGGAACCUCCUCCGGCUGAACGCAAGAGCAGCAGCACCACACGUCUUCAGAUUGGUGUCUUGGACCUCACCCUGCAGCCCUCGAAGCAACGAACGGAACGCCAUCUGGACAUCCAGUGCCGAUCAGCCAUGCUGGCAGUGCCGCCGGCACCUUGGACAUCAGUUGAAAUUGAGUUAUACCCGGUGAAUGAACAUAGUGAUGGGUCAAAACAUGGUAAACAUGGUAAAGUACUGCAUUGGAUGAACAUCAAACUUUACUAUUUUAAUCUAGGUUUGGGUUCACCAGGCUACUGGGUUUUUGACGAAACCAGCCACAUCGACCCUGAAAACGAAUCUUCAAGCCCCGAUGAAUGCCAGGGUCUAUGUUAA